AUGAAAUUGAUUGAUAAAAAUGUUCAAUUAGUGAUCGUUAUUAUUCUAUCGAGUGCAUCCAUUGUAUCCGCUGGAUUGAAUUUAACAGUUGGUUCGUGUGUAGUUCAAUACUGGGAAGUUUGCGAAAGUGAAUUUGUUAAGUUUUAUGUUUCGAGCAGUGAUCACCCGCAAUACGAACCCUAUUUAAUAAAUGGUUCACGAUCUCUUCUUCCCCCGUGGGUUGAUCCUGGAAAUCAGUACAAAUUGAUUAUUCAUGGAUACGGAGGAGGAUUUGAAUAUCAACAAACAAAAGCCUUACAUCUUGAAUAUUUAAAAUACAACUCUACCAACGUUAUCACAGUCGAUUGGGGCACAUUAGCAGCCGUACCAUGUUACCCCUCGGCUGCUGUCAACACCAUUCAAGCUGGUGAAUGCAUUGCUACAUUCCUUAUGCAACUUGCUGCCGGCAACACAGAGUUCGAUCCGAACAAGUUGCACAUAAUUGGAUUCAGUCUAGGUGCUCAUGUUGCAGGUUUUGCCAGUAAUGCUUUAGAAAGAUUGACGGGGAAAAAAGUCAAACGAAUAACAGGACUCGAUCCAGCACUGCCAUUCUUUGCAACAUCUCAAAACGAUUUGAAACUGGAUUCUUCAGAUGCUGAAUUUGUUGAUGUUGUUCACACUAACGCGGGUAUUUAUGGCAAAAUUGAAUCUUGUGGACACGUUGAUUUCUACAUGAAUGGCGGCCAGAUGCAACCGGCUUGCAAUGGAAGCAAAAAUAUCCCACUUUGUAGCCAUACAAUGGCACCGGUUUAUUUUAAGGAAUCGAUAAAAAGUUUGGACGGCUUUUGGGGUGUACGAUGCUCCAGCUACUUUCAGUACAUAUUCGGUUGGUGUGGCAACAAUUCGAGUAUUAUUAAUUCAGAUAUAGCUCUGAUGGGUGAACACUGUUCAAAUGAAUCUCGUGGCGUUAUAUUUGUCUAUACAAGUUCAAAAUCUCCAUUUGCUAUCGGGAAAAGUGUUUUGCUGCCUCACAGAUAGAUAAUAAUUUGUAACUCUUUAAAUUUUGAGCCUAGAAAGCGAAUGGUUAAAUAUUUUGUAUUCCAAAUCUUUGUAAAUUAAAAAUUCUGUCUUUGAAAAUUCUGUAAAUCCA